AUGUCUUCCACAGACGCAACCUCUAUUGGCAACGACCGAGAAAGACCUCUGAGCAAGGAGGAAUUUGAACGACCAGCCGAUACCAUGUCCGGUCCUGGCGGUGCAGGCGAGCCAGACGCUGCAGCCCCUCCCGCUGCGUUCUCGUCGACCUUCCAAGAAGCCAUCUUUAUUCUCAUCAUCGGCCUGUCGCAGCUCUUUUCCGUCGGAGGCCUGGGAAAUGCAGCCUUCUCCGUUCAGGAGAUUGGCCGGGCGCUGAAUGCGACCAGCAAUGGACAAAUGUCGUGGUUUUUGGCCGCCUACUCGCUGUGCGGUGGUGUCUUCGUUCUGGUUACUGGCCGACUGGGUGACCACUUCGGCCAUAAGUACGUCUUCAUCUUCGGAUGGCUCUGGAUGGCGCUGUGGUCGCUGGUCAGUGGCUUUGCCAAGGACGUUGUGCUGUUUGACAUCGCGCGCGGAAUGACGGGCAUCGGCAACGGUGCGCUGGUCCCCAACUCGUUCGCCCUGCUGGCGCGAGCUUUCCCUCCCUUCUCGCAGAAGAAGAACAUCGCCUUCGCCUUCCUCGGCUUCUGCGCGCCGUCCGGAUACAUCUUUGGUGGUCUCAUCGGCGCCGCCUUCGCGGAGAACGUCACCUGGCGCUGGGGCUUCUGGUUCUGGGCCAUUGGAUGUCUGGUACUCGGUGCCGCGAGCUUCGUGAUUAUCCCUCACAGCGUCGGCUCACCCAUCCCCGGCCUCAGCCUCAAGCACUUCGACUACAUCGGCAGCGUUCUUGGUGUCUCGGGCCUGAUUUUGUUCUCCUUUGCAUGGAACCAGGCCUCCGUCGUCGGCUGGCAGGAGCCCUACACCUACGCCCUGCUCAUCGUCGGCGUCGUCCUGAUCGUCGCCUUUGCCCUGUCGCAGUCGCGCGUGCAGAACCCCGUCCUCCCCAACACGCUCUGGUCGCGCAAGGGCUUUACGCCCGUCGUCACCGCCAUGUCCUUCGGCUGGAUGUCCUUCGGCAUCUUCCUCUACUACACGACCAUCUACAUCCUCACGAUCCAUCACGAGAAGCCGCUCGUCGCGGUCGCGCAGAUGGUCCCGCUCGUCAUCGGUGGUUUCUUCGCCACCGCCUCCGUCGGCAUCUUCAUCGCCAAGGUCCGCGCCCAGUACAUCUUCGGCGUCUCCAUGUUCUCCUUCUUCAUCGGCAACCUGCUCAUCAGCUUCGUCAACUACUCUCCCGUCUACUGGGCCUUCAUCUUCCCCGCCUGCCUGCUCGUCGUCGGCGGCCCCGACCUCUCCUUCGCCUCCUCUGGCAUCAUCAUCUCCAACGCCGUCACCCCAGAGGAGCAGGGCGUCGCCGGCUCCUUCAUCUCCACCGUCGUCCAGUACUCCAUCUCCAUCGGGCUCGGCAUCGCCGCCACCGUCGAGGGCCAUGUCAACGACGACGGCCGCGACGUGGUGCGCGGGUACCGCGGCGCGCUCUGGCUUGGUAUCGCCUUUGCCGCCGUCGGGUUCUUCAUCGUCGUGUUCUUCGUGCGCGAUCACCGAUUCGACGGCGCGGGGGAGAAAGAGGCUGGAAGCACCGAGGGCACGAUCGAAGAGUCGGCCAAGACGAAUACCUUCCCUCUCAGGAGCUUUACCUGCUCCGCUACGAUACAAUAA